CAAGAAACAUCCCAAAAUCCAAAGCCAAACCAAAAGAAAGUGAAGAAAGAAAAAGUUGCAGGACAAUGGUAUUCACCUCCAACCCAUUAUCUCUCAGCGUCCCAGACCCUUUCUUCGAGUCAUGGCUCCGCGAAAAUGGCUACCCAGAAAUCAUUGACCAGCAUACCUCUACUGCCAUCACCACCUCUACAACCACAACCACAGACGCAAGCUCAAUCACAAACGGCUUCUUCAUCUCACUCUUCUCUCGCAUAUUCACCCUCCUCUCUCUCUUCACCAUCAACCCCUUCUCCAAGCUCACCAAUGAAGACCUUGCUGCCCAAACGCCUCCUUGGACCACUAUCUUUAUUGGCUCUUCUGACUCCUACUCCUUCCCCUUGUCUGUUUCUCAGGCUCGCAUGAGGGUCCAAGAGAAUGUCAAGCGCUAUGCCAGAAAUUAUGCUACUUUGUUUGUGCUCUUCUUUGCUUGCUCUUUAUAUCAGAUGCCCCUGGCUCUUGUUGGAUUGAUAUCUUGUUUGGUACUAUGGGAUGUUUUUAAGUUCUGUAGUGAAAGGUGGGGAUUGGAUCGAUACCCAAUAAUUCGGGAGUGCUUAAUUCGUGUUGCUCAAUGUGUAGCUGCUGUUAUCCUGAUAUGCUCGAAUGUUCAAAUGGCUCUCUUCUAUGCUCUUGGUGUCAGUUAUGCAGGCAUGAUUCUGCAUGCUGGAUUUCGGAAGCUGGCUCGUGCAAAGCAAACUCCUCAUGGUAGAUCGAAAUAGCAGGUGUUUAGCAAUAUAAGUGAAAGUUUUGCUUAACUUUAGCUUUAGGAAUUUUUGCUGCAAGAGAGCAAUGGGAUUUUUUUUAUGCAACAGUUAACACCCCAAGGUAGUCAAAUACUAAUGAGCUAUAUCAACUUUGAUCCCAUCACGUCUCCAACUCCUGUCCUGAACAACCAUGAUGCAGGGAAAACAGAAAAAAAGGCAUAUAAUUCCCUCAUCUGUGAUUUCAUGGCUGACCUCCCCAUCGUGUCAAAGCAGAUGCCUGUUGUUUUGCCUACACACUAAACGCUCCAGGAAAUGAUGCAGUGAUAGUUGUAUGCGUAUAUGAUAGUGUUUUCAGUACAUAAUGUAACUACUUUAUUUUAAUGAUAUGAUGAGUUUAUUGUUUUAGAA